AUGACUACGGAUGUUGAACGAUCACGUUCACAAGCACAAAAUCGUUUUGGACAAUUAUCUAAAAAUAUGUUCUUUGCAAGACAUGUGGCACAGCCUAGAUAUUUAAAAUUUAUAACAGGAGCUUCUGGUCAAAGAGUAUGUCAUGUUCGAGAAGAACCACUUUGUUUACCAAUACCCAUAGCAAACGAAUAUACAAAGCCAUUAAUGUCUGAUCCACGUUUCCGUAUUGAAUUUUCAUCACAUUCCCACAAUGAAACAUUAUUACAAUCAUAUGCAAAUAAAAUUCAACCAAAAAAACGUCGAGAACGAUUACUUCCUCCUAUGCCUGGUUGGAAUCCAUCCGGAACGAAUAUAAUGAAAUUUAUUUUCUAUUUACUACUAGUUGAAGAUACAGAUAAUUGGAGACGUGAAUUAGGACGUAUUGCUGAAAUGAUUGGUUUUGUAACACCAGAUGAAUUAUUAGAAAUAGAAAAUCGAAAGGAAACACCACCAUCACCACCACAACUACCAUUAUUAUCUGUCAGUAAAACACCGACAACAACUGGUCAGUAUAGUCGACAAUCAGGUCGAUGGAAUGAAACACCGAAAUCUGCAAGUCGUUGUCGAUCAUCACGCCGACGAACACCACUGAAAUCUAUUUUACCUAAUCAUCUAUUUUGUGUUGAUGAACAAGAAAGAGAAAUGUGGAUGCUUCAAGUGCUUUGUCAAAUAUUACAAACGGACAACAUUAAUGAAAUACAAUCAUGGCUUGUUUCUUCAGGCCCUAAUGAAAAAGAAGCUGUACGUCAACUUAUCACAGCAGCAAUCAAAGGCCUUGAAGAAAAUGGUCGUAUUCAAACUAGUAAUAAUUUGAAUGAAAAUGGAAAAGCAGUCCAAGUAAAUAUGGAUUCAUUUGGUUCAUUAUUAGCAAACAGAUUUCCUCAAGUAUCAUCAUUAAUACCAGUAACUCCAUUAAAUGAUAAUUCAUCGAGACCUAUAUCUCGUCCUCGAACAGCUCCACCGACACAAGGAAAAGUGCGACCAAAAACAGAAUUUCAUAGUAAAUCAAUGGGAACAUUUCAAACAAAUCUUGAAUUAAUUAAUGAAAGUACUGAAACAACAUCAUUAGAUACGAAAACAAUUGUACCAGAAUCAACAAAAGUUGAUGUUAAUUGUGAUGUACAAAUCCUUACAUUAGAUGAUAAUGAAGACGAAAGUAAAAAAACAACAAAUCAACAAAAUGAAUAA